AUGAAGUUGUUGUGCAUCCAUUUUGAGUAGUUCCCUCUUCUGCUCUUCCUCCUUCGUUCUCCAGGUAUCAAUCACUCUCGGAGUCCAGUCUACUAGCAUCUAGCACAGAGAAGAUAGUUGGAGUUUUGGGAUUUCGAAGCUGUUUGAAUGCAAUGACCGACCAUGUGAAAUGGACUUCUGUUGAGUCCAAAAUUAGCACGAACGCCGCACCGAUAUCCUCCUCCUCGUCGAGGAGCCCGUCCAUGGCGUCGUCAAGCGGAGCGGGGACUGCAGUGGAGCACAAGCGGGCGCGGGACAUCCGGAAGCACCCGGUGUACCGCGGGGUGCGGAUGCGGGCUUGGGGGAAGUGGGUAUCCGAGAUCCGGGAGCCCCGCAAGAAGUCGCGGAUAUGGUUGGGGACCUUCGCCACGCCCGAGAUGGCCGCCCGCGCCCACGACGCCGCUGUCCUCAGCGUCAAGGGCGCUCCCGCCGCUGCUAACGUGCUCAACUUCCCCGAGCUCGCCGGCUCGCUGCCCCGCCCGGCCUCCCUCUCCCCGCGCGACGUGCGCGAGGCUGCCGCUCGGGCUGCGGCCAUGGACAUGCCGAGGGCAGCCGCGGCCGCUUUGGUGGUGGAGGAGGAUGAGCUUGAGGAAAUAGUGGAACUCCCGCGGCUGGGACAGGACUUGUUUGGCUCUGCUCAUCUGGCAGGCGAAUUCGUCUUCCAUGACUCGUGGGACUUGUGGGUGUACACGCCGCCAAGGACGGAGGGAGAAGAGGACCACUAGUUCUUGCCUGAAUGCAGCAUCUCCACUGCCUCGGGAGCUCUCUCUUUUGGGGCAUCAAGUAAAUGUCCUUCAUGUCUUCUUCUUCACGUCCUUCUCCUUCCAAGCACUGCACAGCUCACCAGAAAAGAGAGAAGGAACUCAGUGUUGCUGUUGGCCCGAAAUCGCUGCAAGAGCAUCUCAUGCUUGUCACCUAAAAGACUCUCAUCGAGUCGUAACUCAUGGUGCAGUUCAAGAGGAACCAACUCGAGGGAGCAGACGGCGGCAAUCAUUCUACGACUGUCAUUCUGUUCAAGUUUGGAAGAUCCAACAAUUAUUGCAGAUGCAUUCCACUAGUUGGACAUGUAAAAAUUGUAUUCCCCUCUACUUUUAUCUCUCGCUUCAUUGUAGUCAUUCC